AUGGCCACCAAAACGAUGAAUCAGUUUACUGACGAUCUUUUAAAAGAAAAAAUAUUCCACUGCCAGAUUUGCGAUGAGCUUUGCACGUCCGAUGUUUUCCUGGUCAAAGGUAAAGGAAAUUUGUGUGAGAACUGUUUUGAAGAAAAGUGUGGGGAGGAAAUGAAGUCCAGGGCUGAAUUAAACACAGCCCUCAUCCUAAUUAUGGCCAAGCUGAUGCUGCCGUGCAAAUAUCAGUCCAGUGGUUGCGGUAAGAGUUUGGAGUCCAAAAAGUACUCCAAGCACAUUGCUACUUGCGAUUUCAAAAUUAAACCGUGCCCGAUGAAAAAUCUCGAGGGUUGUGAUUGGAGUGGAAGCAAUUUCGAAGUAAGCGGACAUUUAUUGGAAAAUCAUCAAGAGCACGUCAUUAAAAGUGAAAAUAAUAUUUUUAAAGUUGAGUCGUCCUUGUGUGAACCUUUCAACGUAAAGUUAUUAUCUGAUGAUUACCGAAAUUGCCUUUUAAAGACUUCAGUUGUUGAUGAUAAAUUUUAUUACGCUUUAAAUCCGGUUGAAAAGUCCGAAAAAAAUAUGGAAUACUCAGUGGAGCACAAACGUAUUCAAACAUCAAACCAUUUAGUAUUAAAAAACGUUGGUACACUUACCAAGCUGAAUGGUUUUUAUAACGAAGAAAACCUGGAUAAAAACCCCAACGCGACUGUGGUUGACAUCAAUCUGUUGAAACAUCUUGCAGACGAACAAAAUAUGAUUUUAAAUGAAUUUGACUUAAAACCUGCAGAAAUCGACAAUAAUACAUUUAAACUAUUGGAAUGUCCAGUCUGUAUGAAAACCAUGCGACCGCCAAUUUAUAAUUGCACCAACGGACAUAGCAUUUGCAUAAUAUGCAAAGAACUAGCAAAUGAAUGCCCCACAUGUAAGGAAGGGUGGACCAGUUCAAGGUGUUACUUUUUAGAAAAUUUAACUACAAAAAUCAAGUAUCCAUGCAGAUAUAAUAAAUUGGGAUGCAACGAAAUUGCCAUUGAAAGUCAAUUAAGGAAACAUGAAGAAACAUGUCCGUCGCAUAACUAUCAAUGUCCGAUGGAUUGUUCUAAAACUGGAAACUUUGAAUUCAUUGUAGAACAUUUAAUGACUGAACAUAAGAAUGUGGAAUUUACUGGAGAGAUAGAAGACAUAUCUUGUGAUGAAAAGCUUAAAUGGAUGAUGUUUGAUAUGAAAUUUUUUAGAAUAUCGUAUUAUUCUAUGGAUUUUAAUGUUUAUUGGGCUGUCGAAUUGGUUUGCUCCAAUGAAAACCCCAAAUUGUAUACUUAUGUAGUUAAAAUUUUAAAUCAUAAAAAGGCAUUAGGAUGGACAUUAGUAAAAGAUUCCACUUGCUUGAAAGAAGGACCGUUACUACAAAUAUCAGACUAUUUGCAUUAUUCUUAUCGAUAUCCUAUGACAUUUAAUGUUACUAUUAAAAAAAACGAUAUGGCCACCAAAACGAUGAAUCAGUUUACUGACGAUCUUUUAAAAGAAAAAAUAUUCCACUGCCAGAUUUGCGAUGAGCUUUGCACGUCCGAUGUUUUCCUGGUCAAAGGGAAAGGAAACGUGUGUGCGAACUGUUUUGAAGAAAAGUGUGGGGAGGAAAUGAAAUCCAGGGCUGAAUUAAACACAGCCCUCAUCCUAAUUAUGGCCAAGCUGAUGCUGCCGUGCAAAUAUCAGUCCAGUGGUUGCGAUAAGAGGGUGGAGUCCAAAAAGUACUCCAAGCACAUUGCUACUUGUGAUUUCAAAAUUAAACCGUGCCCGAUGAAAAAUCUGGAGGGUUGUGAUUGGAGUGGAAGCAAUUUCGAAGUAAGCGGACAUUUAUUGGAAAAUCAUCAAGAGCACGUCAUUAAAAGUGAAAAUAAUAUUUUUAAAGUUGAGUCGUCCUUGUGUGAACCUUUCAACGUAAAGUUAUUAUCUGAUGAUUACCGAAAUUGCCUUUUAAAGAUUUCAGUUGUUGAUGAUAAAUUUUAUUACGCUUUAAAUCCGGUUGAAAAAUCCGGGAGAAAUAUGGAAUACUCGGUGGAGCACAAACGUAUUCAAACAUCAAACCAUUUAGUAUUAAAAAGCGUUGGUACACUUACCAAACUGAAUGGUUUUUAUAACGAAGAAAACCUGGAUAAAAACCCCAACGCGACUGUGGUUGACAUCAAUCUGUUGAAACAUCUUGCAGACGAACAAAAUAUGAUUUUAAAUGAAUUUGACUUAAAACCUGCAGAAAUCGACAAUAAUACAUUAAAACUAUUGGAAUGUCCAGUCUGUAUGAAUACCAUGCGACCGCCAAUUUAUAAUUGCACCAACGGACAUAGCAUUUGCAUAAUAUGCAAAGAACUAACAAAUGAAUGUCCCACAUGUAAGGAAGGGUGGACCAGUUCAAGGUGUUACUUUAUAGAAAAUUUAACUUCAAAAAUCAAGUAUCCAUGCAAAUAUAGUAAAUUGGGAUGCAACGAAAUUGACAUCGACAGGCAAUUAAAGAAACACGAAGAAACAUGUCCGUCGCAUAACUAUCAAUGCCCGAUGAAUUGUUCUAAAACUGGAAACUAUGAAUUCAUUGAAGAACAUUUAAUGACUGAACAUGAGGAUGCGGAAUUUACUGAAGAGAUAGAAUACAACAUAUCUUGUCAUGAAAAGCUUAAAUGGAUGCUGUUUGAUAUGAAUUUUUUUAGAAUAUCGUAUUAUUCUAUGCAUUUUAAUGUUUAUUGGGCUGUCGAAUUGGUUUGCUCCAAUGAAAACCCCAAAUUGUAUACUUAUGAAGUUGAAAUUUUAAAUCAUAAAAGGGCAUUAGGAUGGACAUUAGUAAAAGAUUCCACUUGCUUGAAAGAAAGAACGCAGCGACCGUUACAACCAAUAUCAGACUGUUUGCAUUAUUCUUAUCGAUAUGGUAUGACAUUUAAUGUUACUAUUAAAAAAAGUAAUUAAUUACACUGUGCACCAAAAAAUUAUUUUUUAACCCAACCCAACUUGGGAACAUGAAAAAUGGAUACUUUGUUUUACAAAAAAAUGAAAAUGUGUUUUUCAUAUUAGGUUCAGUUUUAGAGAUGUUAUGUUUUUAUUUUAGCUAUUUUUGGAUUUUUGUUUACUGUAUCCAUUUUUCAUGGUAUCAACCCAGAUAUUUUUUAUUAAAUGUUAUAACACACUUUUAACAAACUUUGUUUUACUUUUGUAAAUCCUUUAUUAUAUUUAACAUGCGUUCUGUGUUUUACUUUAUUAGCUAUAUUAUGUUUAAAUAAAAUUAAAAGCAUAUACUAAAAUAAA